CCUGUUCUUUCGGAACUUUGUGACCAAUAUGACAAGGUUUUAUCUUCAAUCCUUGAUGAUCAUGCGCCACUAUUGACUAAAACCGUCAUCCAACGACCAGCAGCUCCUUGGUACAAUGAGGAUAUUGCAGUGCAAAAAUCCAAGAGGCGCAAGUUCGAACGAUGCUGGCGUCGUUCUGGUCUCCAAGUUGAUCUACAGGUUUACAUUAAUCAGUGUCUAUUGGUCAAAGAAUUAGUUAAUACUGCAAAAGCGAAUUAUUAUUCUUCCUUGAUUGAGGAAGCGGGAUCAGACAAUAAGAAACUGUUUCACACUAUUGAUGGUCUCCUCCCGAAAAGUCACGAAAAAUUGUCUCUAUUUCUCAAAGAGUUACUUGCUCUCUUCUUUCGCUAA